AUGGUUAAGUGGCUGGCUGUCUGGCAUUUGGCUUCUGCAGGUACUCUUCCUACUGUUGGACAACUACCUAUUCAUUCUACAAUUCAUCCAGAUUUAUUUGAAAUGGCAUUUAAUCUCACCCAGCCUGCUCUUCGAGUGGUUCUUCUCAAUCAUCAAAAAGUGGUCACUGCUGCCACAGCCACGAUCAUAUCGCGACAUAUUGCAGACUCUCACAGCAAUCUCAAAGAAAUUUUGGCUAAGAAGAUCCCUGAACAGGCAAAGAUCGUUAAGGAGUUUCGGGCAAAGCAUGGAAAAACUGUUAUUGGCGAGGUUACUAUUGACAUGAUGUAUGGUGGAAUGAGAGGGAUAAAAGGACUUGUCACAGAGACUUCAGUGCUGGAUCCUGAGGAAGGCAUUCGCUUCAGAGGACUUUCCAUUCCAGAAUGCCAGAAGAAACUUCCCAAAAAGCAACCUAAUGGUGAAGAGCCACUUCCAGAGGGGCUCUUUUGGCUUUUGGUCACUGGAGAUCUUCCAACCCAAGGGCAGGUAGAGUCGAUCUCAAAGGAUUGGGCAGAGAGAGCACAUCUCCCUUCUCAUGUUGUCAGCAUGUUAAACAACUUCCCAACAAAUUUACAUCCCAUGUCCCAAUUCAGUGCUGCCAUUACAGCUCUCAAUUCUGAGAGUGUCUUUCGUAAGGCCUAUUCUGAAGGUGUACACAAAAGCAAGUACUGGGAGUAUGUACUGGAGGAUUCCAUGAACUUGAUUGCAAAGCUGCCAACCAUUGGAGCAACCAUAUACCGCAAUUUGUAUCGGGAUGGGACAAGCAUUGGUGCCAUUGAUCCUAAUAAGGACUGGUCCCACAACUUCACAUCCAUGUUGGGCUAUGAUGAUCCUCUUUUCACUGAGUGCAUGCGGAUGUAUCUCACCAUUCAUGCUGAUCAUGAAGGUGGGAAUGUGAGUGCCCAUGCAACUCACCUAGUUGGAUCUGCACUCUCUGAUCCGUAUCUCUCAUUUGCUGCUGGGAUGAAUGGACUUGCUGGGCCCCUGCAUGGGCUUGCCAACCAAGAAGUCCUCGUCUUCUUGAAAAAAGUCCAGGAUGAAAUUGGGCUCCCAGUAACAAAUGCCCAGCUGAAGGAUUUCGUUUGGAAGAUGUUGAAGUCUGGGCAGGUGAUCCCUGGUUAUGGACAUGCUGUUCUUCGUAAGACAGACCCUCGUUACACAUGUCAAAGGGAAUUUGCUCUCAAGCACUUGCCUGAUGAUAAACUUUUCAAGUUGGUGUCUCAACUAUAUGAGGUGGUUCCAGGAAUACUUCAAGAGACAGGGAAAGUGGCAAAUCCUUGGCCCAAUGUGGAUGCCCACUCAGGUGUUCUCCUGCAAAGGGCCAUGGAGAUUGUCAUGCGAUCCAUCCCACCAGAGACACGUUUCCAAGUGAUCGAAAACUUCACACUACUAGGGAGGAAUGUAAUAUUGGAACAGAGCUGGGGGUCUCCUAAGAUCACAAAAGAUGGAGUCACAGUUGCCAAAGGAGUGGAAUUGAAGGACAAGUUCCAGAAUAUUGGAGCUAGGCUAGUUCAAGAUGUUGCCAACAACACAAAUGAGGAAGCAGGAGAUGGAACUACCACUGCUACAGUCCUUGCACGUUCCAUCGCAAAAGAGGGCUUUGAGAAGAUCAUCAAGGGUGCCAACCCUAUUGAGAUUCGCAGGGGGGUAAUGAUGGCAGUAGACCAGGUAGUGGCCAAGUUGAAGAGUAUGUCCAAACCAGUGACAACCCCAGAAGAGAUUGCUCAGGUUGCAACCAUUUCAGCCAAUGGUGACACUAACAUUGGGAAUCUCAUUUCGGAAGCCAUGAAGAAGGUAGGUGAGGAUGGAGUGAUAACUGUGAAAGAUGGGAAGACGCUUCAAGAUGAAUUGGAAACUAUUGAAGGAAUGAAAUUUGAUAGGGGAUACAUCUCCCCGUAUUUCAUUAACACAACAAAGGGAGCAAAGGUGGAAUUCCAGGACUGCUUCAUCCUGUUGAGUGAAAAGAAGAUUUCCAGUAUACAGCAGAUCAUUCCUGCAUUGGAGCUGGCUAACCAGCAACGCCGGCCAUUGCUCAUUAUUGCUGAAGAUGUAGAUGGUGAGGCCCUUUCCACUCUGGUUGUCAACAGGUUAAAGAUUGGUCUUCAGGUGGCAGCAGUGAAAGCUCCUGGAUUUGGAGACAAUCGCAAGAACACAUUACAUGACAUCGCAAUAGCAACAGGUGGACUUGUGUUCGGGGAUGAGGCUUCCAACGUCAAGCUUGAGGACGUACAAGUACAUGACCUUGGGGAAGUGGCUGAGGUCGUCAUCACCAAAGAUGACACUCUUCUCCUGAAGGGUAAAGGAGAGAAGAAGGAUAUUCAGCAACGGGUGAACCAACUCAAGGAUGAGAUAGACUUGACUAAUUCAGAAUAUGAAAAAGAGAAGUUGCAGGAGCGACUGGCACGCUUGGCUGCUGGUGUUGCCCUCCUCAAAGUGGGUGGAUCCAGCGAAGUAGAAGUGAAUGAGAAGAAGGAUAGAGUGACUGAUGCCCUUAAUGCAACGCGUGCAGCUGUUGAAGAGGGGAUUGUUCUUGGAGGAGGAGUUGCUCUCAUUCGAUGCAUCCCAUCCUUGGACUCCCUAAAAUCAGAAAACGAAGACCAAGCAAUAGGUAUUGAGCUAGUGAGAAAAGCCCUUCACAUGCCUUGCUAUCAGAUUGCAAAGAAUGCAGGUGUGGAUGCAUCUCUGGUAGUGGCCAAGGUGAAGGAGGCAUCAGGGAAUGUGGGAUAUGAUGCCAUGUCUGGACAAUAUGUAGAUCUCUUCCAACAGGGCAUCAUUGACCCCACAAAGGUGGUGAGGACUGCUCUGGUGGAUGCUGCUGGGGUAGCAUCUCUGCUAACAACAGUAGAGUGUGUUGUCACAGAAAUGCCCAAGGAGGACAAGGGUGAUCCCAUGGCUGGGAUGGGUGGCAUGGGAGGCAUGGGGGAUGGAUAUGCCAUGAUACUCUGUAGAGAAUGGAUAGAAAAGAAGAGAGAAGACCUUGGAAUCCAAGCCAUCAAAGGUGGAGAGACUGUGGAUGCGAGUAGAGAUGUUUGUCACACAUUUGCUGACCAGAUUCACCAGCUGCUCAGCUUCCCGUUCCCUGCCAUACACUGA